GAACGCCGCGUCGUCGUCGCGGGCUCCUGAAACGCAGUUUCCGCGAAUCGCUGCUCGGCGAAAAAAGUGCGUGCACGCGUGCCGCUCCGAUCGCUCGUGAUGUCAGUCAGGCGAUGUGCCACCGUCGGCCUGGGAGUCGUCGCGUUGUUCCGAUGAGAGAACAAGGCAGACUGAAAGCGCAGCAUCCGCAGAUGCAGCCAACAUGGAUUCCCACGUUGGUCUCGACUACAUUGUGGAUAAUCCCGAUUAUUGCGUCAAGCUCGCCUCAGCGUUGGAGACGGCAUGUCCAUCCGUGAAGAAACAAGUCGUGGAGCUGUUGUCGGCGUUGUGCGUCUAUAGCCAAGACGGCAGGCAGAGAGCCAUCGAUACUCUUCACACAUACCAGGAGCGGAAGGGCGAGCGUUAUCGAUUGCGAGUCGUGGUCGACGAGCUGCAGAAAGCGACGGCCGAGGAUUACCAGACGGCACUGCUGGCGUUCAUAAAUUGUUUGGUCAUCUCGACGCCGGUGCUCAAGGACCGCAUACGUAUUCGCAACGAGUUCAUCGGCCUGAAGCUCCUGCCAAUACUGAACGAACUGCGGAAAAGUCAUGCGCCGGAUGUGAGAGUACAGCUGGAUGCCUUCGACGAUCAGCGGGAGACCGACGAGGAGCUCACGAAUCACGGACCGCCCGGGAUCGAUCUCUCCUCUCAUGUAGACGUCUUUUACGCCAUCCUUGGCCAAGUCGCAGAUACUCCGCAGGAGAUACCCUUUCUGAGUGUCUUGCAGCAUCUGCUGCGGCUGGAUCCAAAAGACGCCGCCAGCGAUCUAGCAUGGGACACCGCGGAGACCCUGGUGCAUCGAGCCACGUUACUGGAGAGUCGGGAGGACGCCACCAAGUUGCUGAGGUCGCCUAGUCUUCAAACGAAUCUAUGCUGUCACUGUCGCGGCGCCGAUCAGACGUGCGGAACGUCGCGAAAGGCGUCACUACCGGCGAGCAACAGUUUGACGGCACCCUUACCACCGCCGCCACCCCCGGUCCCUGCAGCGCCGAAUCCACUAACUGCAACGAGCGGUAGCGGUUUUGUUCUGCCGCCGCCGCCCCCGCCACCACUUUUCGCCAACGUCGCCACGUCCGAUGCACCGAUGGAGCCGCCGAUGCCGCCACCCCUACGCGUGUCUCCCGUCGCACGCGCACCUACCCCCGAGCCACCCAGUAAUCAUGCCAAGCUGCUGCCGCAACAAGAAAUUCCUACCCCUAGAACGAAGAUGAAGACCAUCAACUGGAACAAAAUACCUAAUCACAAGGUAAUUGGCAAACGGAACAUCUGGUCCCUCGUCGCGAAUGAUCAUCAGAAUUCUCCAAUGGCAGAUCUAGAUUGGGCCGAAAUGGAGGGCUUAUUCUGCCAACAAGCACCGCCGAUGAUACCAGCAACCUAUUCGACUUCUUGCGGUACUGGCGCUGAUGUCGAACGACGUCGUCGAGAACCGACAGAGAUCGCGUUGCUCGACGGAAAGAGGAGCCUGAACGUAAACAUUUUUCUAAAGCAGUUUCGAAGUUCAAACGAGGACAUUAUCCAACUGAUCAAGGAGGGUGGUCACGAUGAUAUCGGCGCGGAGAAGCUGCGUGGUCUGCUGAAAAUAUUGCCGGAGGUGGACGAGCUCGAGAUGCUCAAGGGCUUCGAUGGCGACAAGUCGAAGCUCGGUAACGCUGAGAAGUUCUUUCUGCAGCUUAUUCAAGUGCCAAAUUAUAAGUUACGCAUCGAGUGCAUGCUGCUGAAGGAAGAAUUUGCCGCGAAUAUGAGUUACUUGGAGCCAAGUAUCAACUCGAUGAUCUUGGCCGGUGAGGACCUCAUGACGAACAAGCCCCUGCAGGAGGUGCUGUACAUGGUCCUCGUCGCUGGUAACUUUCUCAACUCAGGCGGCUAUGCUGGCAAUGCAGCGGGUGUGAAGCUGUCCUCGUUGCAGAAGCUAACGGAAAUUCGCGCGAACAAGCCAGGGAUGAAUCUAAUACACUACGUAGCAUUGCAAGCCGAGAGAAAACGGAAGGAUUUAUUAAGCUUUGCAAAGGAUAUAACUGCCCUCGAAGCAGCGACAAAGACAACGAUCGAACAACUGACGAACGAAUUUAACAGCUUGGAUACGAAGAUUAAAAAGAUCAAAAAUCAAAUUCAGCUCUCUUCGACCGAAGACGACAUACAGGAGCAGAUGGCACAGUUUCUUCAAAUGGCCGAGCGAGAAAUGGCACAAUUGAAGAGGGAUAUGGAGGAGCUCGAAGGAGUGAGACGAUCUCUCGCAGAAUUCUUCUGCGAGGACACAAACACAUUUAAGAUCGAAGAGUGCUUCAGGAUAUUCCAUCAGUUCUGCCAGAAGUUCAACCAGGCAGUCGCGGAGAAUGAGAGACGCCGCAUCCAAGAGGAGCAGGUCCUGGCGCGUCGCAAACAGCGCGAGGAGCAAUUGCUGGCAAGAAAACGACUGCUGAGCAAUCAAGCGGAGAUCCCGGGCUCGGAAUCUGAAUCUAACUUGAUGGACUAUGGGCUUUUCGAUUUCCACACCGGUUUACCUCAGAGAAAUUAUAGCCGCGGAGAGGCCAAGAUAAGAAGGUUGCAGAAUAGCGGUGUCACGUCGGACGAAGACGUCUCCGUCAUUGGAUCGCCGAGCAUCCGACGUCGUUUAGGAUCGUGUUCCGGCGGUCCCGAUCAACAAUCUACCAAAGAAGACACAUAUUCACCAGAUAUCACGCCUAACGGCACGCUUCGUCGGCGCAGAAGUAGAAUACCCUGCGAGGAUGACGACGGAAAUCUGAUGGACUUCUUACGAACCUCCGGACAGGAUAAUACACGAGAGAGAAAAUCAUGGGGAAGUUUAGAUCGAUCGUGGGCGCGGAGAGCUCGCGGACAAUCGCGAAGAGGGGAUCUGUUAAACGCCGAUUUUUCGGGAGAUCGGGAACGACCGAGCUCGCCGUCUCCUCUCGCGGAAAGUAAACCAUUCCUGCAAGAGGAGGAAGCGAAGCCAACUGGGAAAGCCUGGCGACAGAAGAUUGAGGCAUGGCUGUCGGAAAACGAGAAAGAAGAUCGUGCGGGCGAGCAACUCCAGAGAAGAGCGAAGCAACUGCAUCAAGCAAACCGACGAUCCUUCGAAGACUCGGAAAGUGAAGGCAAGAGCCCGAUGAAUACCCUGGCAGAAGAUCAAACUAUGCUGGAAGGAAGAGGAUUCUCCGAAGUUUACGACUGGCGACCGUCCGUUGAGAAAACAGACGUGAUGCGCACGAUGGAGGCCAUUGAAGAAGCUCAACCGCUGUCGUCCCAGGACAAGUCUCCCUGGCGAAAGUCGAGCUUGAACGUUCCAAAUAGUACGGAAGAGGCUGAUCCGCGUUAUUCCCGUAGAUAUAGAUCGAGACCCAGCACAGAGAGCGCUCUAAUGCCGAGCACUCUGCAGGCAAUUAGAGAAGAGGACAGGAAGAAGAACAAGAUCAGUGACGCGAUAAAUUUAGAUACCCAGGACGAGUUGACGAUCUACCUCCGGCAGCCGUAUACCGGAACGCAAGCGCCGGCGACCCGGCGAUUCUCCAAACUCGGCAGAAAGGCCACGGACGAAGAAAGAGUCAGCGAUAAGAUCGAGAUCGAUUCGGACAACAUCGAGACACCACCAGCAACCAGACGAUUGUUCAGUCCGCCGAAAGAAGUAAAACCCGUGGAGAAAGAACCCUGCAAGAGGGAACGUUGUAGCAGCUCCCUCCAAAAUCGAGAAACAAAGACCGCGAUAUCGAAACCAAUCGGGGUUAGCACAGAUCUCAGUGUUGGUAACUUUGAUAGAUACUCGGCGACACGACGAACUCGCAGGUAUAAGAAAACUCAAGAUCCUACGGGAGACAAGGAUAAAUCGGACGUGUCGAAUCUCGAAUUGGUUUACGAUAAUAAGUCAACGGUGCAGCGACCUAACACCCUCUACUUGGCCAAUGAGGAGACCCGCCACGAGGACACGGACGCUAUGCUACGCGUCUGGCAGGACAAGCUGAAGCGGCGUGACACCUCUUCGUCGUCGUCGCGCGACAUUGAUGCUGCGUUAGCAGAGAUCGCACGUUCUGGUGAAGACCUUCAGCAUCUGUCGCACCCCGCGUCAACAACAGCUACGUCGACGACAAUGGGCCACAGGAGCUCGCGACUUCCGGUCAGCCAACCGCCGCCGGUAGUAGCGGUGACCAAUACCGUGUUGAGCCCGGUGAUGCAGGAGUCGCGACCGCGCGAGCCUAUCACGGUGCUCACCGAGCGGGCAGUGACGAGUCGCGAGCGUCAUCGGAGCAUGAUCGAUCCGAGCCAGGUGAAGGAAGCAGUUCGUUUGACCAGCAACCCACCCAGUCAAGUGAACCAGGACCAAGAAGUCGUCAACGGCUUUCCGCGAAACGACGGAAGCUCGCCGCGAGAUCGGAAGACCGAACAGAACGACACGCCCAAGAUCGUAGAAGAGGAGAAGCGCGCGGAUCUAAAGUCCAUCGGGGACACGAGAGAGCUCGAAAAGGAUAUCGGAUCCGCGGAAGAUCCACGCGGCGAUCGAUCGACGACUCGACAGAACUCCACGUUCCGCAGCCGAUUCAUCCCUGACAUAAGUGUGACAUCGUCACCGCCGUCGUCCGGCAAGAGCAGGGAUCAGGAGUUGAACGACGAGGGCUUCGAAGAGACGCAGAGCCUCGUGUCGGAGACCUUGAGCCAGGAGACGUCCUCGGGCAAUUACGAGACGGACACUCACGACUCGACGCGAUGCUCGCCGGCGGAACUGGGUGGCUACGGUGGCGAACAGCGUCGACGUAGCGCCAUUACGGUGGACGAUAACAUGGAUGGUCGAAGAUCAUCCGUCGACAAGUUACUGAUGCCGACUUCCGCCGCCGGUAAGACAUUCGACAAGAAGAUGGCCGCGAGGAGCGCAUCAGAAAAAUCCAGCUUCUUGCCGAAGCGCACUGCGAGCGUAAAGCGCGAGUCCUCCGCGUUGAGGAAGACCGAGUCUCUGAAGAGAACCUCUAACGUUGCCCCAUUGAACGAUACGGGAAUGUCGAGAGGCGAGGUGCAACGUUCCGGUUCUAGAAGCAGCUUGCGCAGUUCGCGGAGCUCGUUGAACAGCGCGACGUCUGUGAACACGGUGCGGAAUCUGGCCGCGAAUCACGCGCAUCUGCGGAGCUACACCUCGGCCAUCCGAGCGUUGACCAAUGAUCUGAGAAAGAACAGUUCAUCGAGUAAUCCGCAGCCGCCGAAAGAUGCGGCCGACAAGAGACGACCGAGUCCUCGUCAGAUUGGCGUCAGCAGGAUACCCGCCAGUAGAAGUAGCAGUAGCGGCAGCAGCGUCGGACCGGCAGUGAGGAAUAUUCGAAACGUACCCGAGGUGGUAGCUGGCAUGCCAAAGGUCACAAGGGGCCGACCGAUCACCUCGCGUAGCAGCAGCAGCGGAAGCAGCGUCGGUCAGCAAUCAAUCUUAGGAAGUCGACCGCUUUCCGGUGAUAAGACGUCUGCAACGAAGAGCAGAUUGAUGCAGCCACGAGUCGGCUUGAAGAGUCACAGCUUUAUGAGGCCUACGGCCGCCAGCGUCAACAAAGGUUCUACGCCAAACUUGCCGAAGAGUAUCAAAGUUAUGAUCAAGUGAUAAUUCUCAUUGAUAAAGAAAGAAUGUUUUGUAUCCAUCGUUGACAAUUGAAAAUCGAGAAAGACUUUCAAUUGUGAUAUACAUUUAACAAUCGCAUUAGAAUUAACAAACGGUUAGUGUUACGCAAGAUCAGCUGCAUCCGGAGUCUGAUAGUUGAUACUAAGCUGUAAACUGUAAGGACAAUUAACGAUUUCGACGGACAGCUCGAGUUGUUGAUAAUUAAUGUUAUCGUAAGGUAGAUCCGCAAGAUUAGAUAAAAAUUGUUAUUCUCGCUUACUACGUCGCCUCACAAUUGUUAAACUAAAUUAAGUAAGACUAUUAUCAUUUAGUUAUGUACGCCAUUACCAACCAAACGAUGCUCGAAUAAGAGGAAAAUAAUCAAAUCUCUCUAGCUUUAUCGCGCGCGACAUUCACGUUAUAUAACCAAGGAAAGAAAAUGCUCCCGUUUUUUACAUCUAGCGCUAAAAAUUGGAGAAGGUUUUCCUUUCAAUAGCCUAGAGAACAUAUUUAUAUGAGGUAUAUAUGUAACAUACUCGACUAAUGUGCAUGUACGAUAUAUUAUACAUAUAAUUCUUACUGUUAACAAGGAUAAAUAUAUAUAGUAAAAUAUAUGUCCGACAAAUAAAUUAACAUAUUACACGAUAAUGCAAUUCGACAUUCGAUAUAGAAAAACCGCGCACGACGAUAUUAAAUAAACUUACAAUUAACUAUACAUACUUUACGAAAAAAAAGAAUUAGCGCAAUUAGGUGAAAUUUGUUGAACUUAUUGUAAACACGAUUAAUUGUAAACACGAGUAAUCCGCAUAUUGCACUAUCUUUUAUAUGUACGUACUUUAUGCACUGUAUUCGACAAGAAAUAUCUACAUAUUUUAUGUACAAAAA